UCGUCUUGUUUAGAUCCAUGUCCGCUUGUGUAGUACUUUGAGGACUGACCGAUUUUCAAAUCAGCUUUACGUUUUGGCAGUGAAUAUUUUGUAUCAUUGAGUUGAAAAAGUUAAAUAUUUAAUUACUUUUAAAGUAUAAAAAGUACUUUAUUUCAAUGUCGAGUAGGGCUUUGAGACGUCUACAAGAGCAGCAAGGUUCGAGAGAACUGAGCAUUACACAUUUGUUGGGAAAUAACAAAACUGAAGACGACGAAUCUGGUGAUGAUGGUGACAGCGACAAGGGCACAGCAGAAGAGGAACUAUCUCAUGUUAACUUGAAUAGCUUAAGUAAAAAAACUAAGAAAAAAGCCAGAAUUAAACACUUCAAUAACCCGUUUGAGCUGUUGGAACAAGGAGAUGGAGAAAGAGAUGACAUUACUGAUGAACAAGAAGAACUUGAUCAAAAAUUGAAAAGUGCAGAUUUACCAGAAAACGGUAGCAUGAAAUCAAAGAAAAACAAGAAAAAGAAAAAAAAGAAAGGAAAAGAUAAAGAAAAUGAGGAGAAUUUGAAGAUGCCUGGGGAUGAAAUUGAAGCUAGCUUGCAAGAAGUAAACAGAAUCUUAGGAGAUCCAGGUACUGCUAGUUCUCAAAGCAGUAACAGGGAUGAAGCAUACUCAGUGAAUAUGAAACCAUUACUUCAUAUUGAUUACAGAAACCUAAAUCCUGAGACAGAACUUAAAAGAAUGUUUGGGGCACAGGUAAUUCGAGGGGAACAGCAACAGCAAAGAAAUAGAAGACACAGAAACCAUCCUUUACACCGUAGUAGUCGCCUUGUUCAGCCUAAAGACACAUGGCACAAUACUGGUGGAAUAGGUGUGUCUAUGAAAUAUCUUGGAGAGAAUGAGGGAUUCACAUUUGAACAUUCACCAGCAUAUCAGAAAAUACAACAUCAAUUUUGUGAUGCUGUUGAAUCUGGCCACCCAGAGUUAAUCAUUAGCAUAUUAAGAGAUCAUCCUUAUCACUUUGAUACACUACUGCAGAUGGCAGAGUUCCACCGAGCUAAUGAAGAUGUCCAAACAGCUGCAGAAUCAAUAGAAAAAGCAUUAUAUGGAAUGGAAUGUGUCUUUCAUCCCAUGUUCAAUUUGGCGUCAGGAAAUUGUCAUUUAAGCUACAGACGUCCAGAGAACAGGACUUUUUACCUAUGUUUGUUCAAACAUAUUUUGAACUUAGGCAGAAGAGGAUGUAACAGAACAGCAUUUGAAUUUUGUAAAGUUCUAUUGAGCAUUGAUCCAGUUGAUGACCCACUAGACUGUAUGAGCAUGAUAGACUAUUAUGCCUUGAGAUCAGAACAGUAUGAUCAUUUAGUUAGAUUAGAGGCUGAAGUUUUGACUAAAGAAUCAAUGAGGCGUGUACCUAACUUUGCUAUGUCUAUUCCCUUGGCACAUUAUCAUAUUGCCAUGCGAAAUGGGACAGAUACUACUGUUGCUGAUCUUAAGCUACAAGAUGCAUUACUUUUCUUCCCUGUGAUGUUAAUGCCUUUACUUGAUCAGUGCAGUGUGCAGCCUGAUAAAACUGUUAGUAGUCAUCCUUUCUUCAGUACAUCAGAACUGAAUGACAGCACCAGUGAACUGCAGAGAUUAGUUAUGUUGUAUGUGAAAAGAUGUGAGUCUUGCUGGAAGGAAGCUGGUGUCAUGACUUGGUUGGAAAAAAAUGUCAAAGCUGUGAUAGAAAUUGUAAAUAAAGGCACUGAUAAGAGACCAACAGAAUAUUCAAACUUGAGACAAAAGCGCUUCAAGCAUCCACCUUUGUCUUUAGUAAGGCACUACUUUCUGUCAGAGUUUCAAGGGCUGGGUGUACCUCGUCAAUUUUUGGGAACAUCUGUGCUUAGUCAUGAUCCCUACCCUCCAGCCAAUAGUAUAAUAUCAUAUACCAGACCUGUGAGACAAACAGUGGCAUCUCAGGAUAGAAGUGGAGUACUGAGAUCAUUAAUCCAAUCUCUUCUACCAACCUAUAAUCCUUAUGAACCAGCCAAUAUUGCACUUAGACGUCAAGCUAAUGCAGUUGUAGAAGGAGGUGAUGAAGAUGAGGGAGCCAGAGGGGGGACUGCCAUUCCUCAACAGAUACAACAAGGGGUGCAGGCCAUCAUGCAGGCAAUGAGACAGCUACUCAAUGAACCAUUUGCUCAUAUACAAAAUAAUGCUAAUAGAGAUGAAAAUCAGCCAGAAUUGGAUGAGAAUGAGAGGGAGUGGGAAGAAGAGGAAGAAAAUAGAUAACUUAUCUUCAUUCCCAUUUUAUUUAUUUCUAAAUUUUUAUUUAAAAACGUCUUAAAAUGUUAUUUUAAAUUGUUUAUUUAUUUUACUAUUGUUUUAAAAUUUACAAUUGUCAUAUUAUUUAGUAUGUCCAUUACUUGUUUGGAUACAAAUGUUUUAAAAAGAAAACUAUCUAAUACGAAGUAAAAUUUUGUGUGUUUGUGGUCUAAAUCAUGAGUCAAUUAGUGUACAGAAUACCAUUGCCUGCACGUAUGCCAAGAAAGUUUUCAUGUAAAUAUUCAAGCUUUUCUGAUCUUUCUGCAAUAAAUUUCGGCUUUUGGGAUACAAGUUUGUUUUAUCUGUACAAUAUUUUAAAAUAUUCAAAACUAGUCCUAUUCUACUUAUGGGUUAUCUAUUUAUGACAACAAAAUGUAAAUUUUACAAGCAUAUUUUUAAUUUAAUAGUUUGAAAAAUUUUGAUAACAAUUAGCAUGUUGAUGUUUAAUUUUAUAUGUAUGGAUGAUUCCUAAGAUAGCAGAAAUAAGUUGUGAAAGUGAAGUACAUAUAUCUGGCUCAUUUUAU